UUCAUUUAGAAAUUGACUUUCAUCAGAUUGUGGCAGGAAUUCGGUUCAGUUUUUACCUUACACGGCAGAAUUAGUGAUCGAAUUUGUUGCUGGCAGGGUCAUACUAUUGGUGAACAUGAAGAUCUGCCCAUCGCGAGUGGUAAUCUUGAGCGUGUUAAUGCUAUUCAUCGGAAAGGCGAAUUUCACUAUCGUCUUGGAGAACAAUGGAUACACAAAAAUAGUCGUCGCCAUAUCUGAGAAUGUUCCUCAACCCCCAGACAAUGGAGUUGCAUUAAUAAAUGACCUUAAGGCAUUGCUGACAGAGACUUCAGCUGUUCUUUUUCAGGCUACGGGUAACAGAGUUUAUUUUAAAAACAUCGACAUUUUGCUUCCGCCUACGUGGACCAAAACCACACCAUCAUUAACGUCCACGCAUUCUUACCAGUUAGCAGAUAUCCGUUUAACAAACGAACCUGUAAACUCUGCGUCCGGAAGUUUACCGUACACUUUGCAUUCGGGCAAAUGUGGCGUGAAUGGAAAUUUCAUUACACUUCCCACUGAAUAUCUCGAGGAUGUAGCUACCAAUCUUAAAGUUCAAGCCAAGGGAUUGGUUCAGCAAUGGGCUCAACUUCGCUACGGUGUUUUUGAAGAACACGGCUAUCCUAACGAUGAACUUUUGCCUUACUUUUAUCGCCAUCCCAAUGGCUACGAUGCCGUAACUUCAAGUAAUGAUACAGAAAUAAAAGGCACUCUUGAAAAGUUGUCAGGGGGCAAUUGUGAAGUUAACGAAAACGGUAUCAUAUCUGAUCAAGGUAACUGCCGUUUCGUCCCUACGGCUACUGAACAAACAGCUACUACAUCAUUGAUGAGUUUCCAUUGGCUCGAUACGGUGAUUGGGUUUUCGGAAAAGGACAAACAUGACAGACGGCCACCGCAUCACCAGAAUCGUCUGUGUAAUUCAAAAAGUAGCGCCGAAGUCAUGGCUAAUUCACCGGAUUUCAAUAAUGUCCCACCGAAUCCUGAUCAGGUUACUACGCCUGAAUUUCAACUUCGCAAAAAUCUAAUGCUGCCAGUUGUCUACGUUGCGAUGGACACAUCUUUUCCCGCGAAUCCAAAUAAUACAAACCAACAAGCACAAAAUCUUUUGAAGAGGGGCGUGAGAAAUUUAUUCUUCCUACUCUUUGAAUCUUACCCGGAAACCUUGGUGGCAUAUUCCACAUUUGAAAACAUCGAUUUCGGUCCUGAAGGCUCCUAUUUGAAGGAAGAAUACCCUCCCAAAAGGAUUGCGGAUGGAUUUUAUGAUCUAGGCCCAAUAGUGGACAAUUUAGUUGUGUCUCAAGAUGUGGUGUCGCGUGACGUAUCGGCGGUUAUACGCGACGGCGAAGCACGAUUGCGUCAGUACAAAGAUACAGGCGGCAGCAUUUUGUACCUCGUUACGUCCACCGAUUCCGUGACAAAUGACACCGUAAUAGAAACCGACCUGGCCGAAAGACUCAUGCAAAAUAACAUCAAACUGGUGGUGGCAGAAACCGGAUUGAGUGACGGCAAAUCGCUGUCGCGUUUCUCCGUUUUAUCGCAGGGUGGCUAUUACUUCAAACGAACUUGGGAUUCGUCGUACUUCACACCAGUCAAUAACGAAGUUGACAACAUUUUCAAAAACGGUCUCAAAACACAAAGAAGAAUAAUAACGAGUCGAAAAGAUUCAAUAACAGCCAGUAAGCCAUGGAGUGGAUCUUUUUCUAUCGAUGAAACUCUCGGAACAAAUACCACCCUUGCUCUAUCGUUACCCAAAGAAGGUUCCUUCACAAUCACUCUUACUAACCCUAGUGGUGAGGUCGUGACUCUACCCAACGAACCGGAAGUUACAAACUGGAACUACCCCGAUUCUACCGUUAGGCUUAUUUGGCAGAAAUUAGCUGAUGAUACAGUUAUCGGACGAUGGAGUUACCAAGUGGCCUACGACACCACAUCAUGCAGUUCAUGUGAAACACAGCCCGAAAUACAUUUACAAAUUGGUUCGUCGAUCAGAAGCGCAACGUCCCCGGCUUUGCCAACGUUCCAGCCUUGGGUUUCUCUUACGACCAGUUCUGGUUUCGUCGAUAUCUCCGAGCAUCCAGUGGUUAUUCAAACCAGAUUUGAAUACGCUAACAGCAACUUGGGUGGUCUGAUCGUGACAGCUGACAUCGUUCUAAAUUCAGUAGUCAAGGCGUCUAUUCCGCUUUUUGAUACUGGAUUAAUCGUUCCGGACAUUUCGAAAGACGGGAUUUAUUCCGGAAUAUUCUACCCUGACACCGAUGGAAAUUACAAAGUGAAUCUCUACGCUGUGCAUGGUGCUUCUGUUAAAGAAGGUGGUAGACUAUUAUCUCCCGAUCAGAAUUCCUAUUGCUGUGGAUCUUCGUUACCCACCUCGACUUUGAACUAUUUUCAGUUCACUGCCAGAGAGGCUAUCGCUUUUGAAGUUCGAAAUGCUGUGACUGGAACAUUUCCGCCGGAAUUUUUACCUAUGGUGAGCGAUAUUAAAGCAUCUACCUACGGAAUAGAUAACAAUCUUGUUUACGCCGAAUUGAAAUGGAGCGUACCAUCCAACACCAUGAGCCAAGUUGUUAAGUACUCGGAAGAUUAUGAACAACUAUUGAACAACUUUGAAGCGGCUCCUGAAGCUACUAUUGUUUAUGGCUCCUUAAACGAAAUUCAAGCCGGAACUGCAAUCGCAGUUUACGUUUCUGCUCCCUACACAACAGGAAAGAAUGUUUACUUUGUUGUCGAAACAACUGCAACAAACAGCCAGAAAGUAUUAAAGUCUCGCUCACACGUCGUCUGGACAGAAUCCAACCCUCCUGAGAACGCAUUCACACCUCCAGUGCCUACUACCGAAGCACCGUCUACCACGACACAGGAUAACAAUUAAAGAAAUAAAAUAAAUCUUUUCGC